AUGUGUCACGAGUCUGAUGCCACCUGCCUCCGCUCACUUUCCCUGUUACCACCUACCUACUGCUCUGCUUUGUUCUGCAGGUACCAGCAGGAGGUUCUUCGGGUGGCUCUGGAGCGCAACACCAUUGUCUACCUGGAAACCGGCAUGGGGAAGACUCUGAUUGCCGUCAUGCUUAUGCAGGCUCGCCGUCAGAUGCGAGAGAGGAGUGGCAAGAUCUGUGUCUUUCUGGUGCCGGCGGUUGCUCUGGUGAUUCAGCAAGCGGCAGUGGUGGAGCAGCAGACGGACAUGCGGGUGGGGAGGUACAGCACAGACACAGAAAUUAAAUACGAGGCGUCUUGGGUGCUGAAACAGGUCUCCAGGCAUGAGGUGCUGGUGAUGACGCCGCAGGUGCUCGUGAACCUGCUGCAGCACGCCUUCCUGUCACUCUCAUCAGUCGAUCUCCUCAUAUUCGACGAGUGCCAUCACACCGCCAAGGACCAUGCCUACGCCACUAUAAUGAAGGUGAAGAUCAAUGUUGUGAAGUACGUCUCAAAAGACGAGUGCCAUCACACUUUUGAGACGUCUCAAAAGACGAGUGCCAUCACACUUUUGAGACGUCUCAAAAGACGAGUGCCAUCACAUCACACCGCCAAGGACCACCCCUACGCAACAAGCAUGAAGAGCGAGAGGCCGCUCAUAUUCGGCAUGACGGCGUCGCCCAUCAACACCAAGGGCAGCGGGUCGGAGAAGUCGUGCGUGCAGCAGCUGCUUGACUUUGAGCGCAUUCUCGACUCCAAGGUCGUGUCUGGUGGAGCUCUACACGGUUCUAGACAGGUCGUGUCUGGUGGAGGUGCUACCCAGCGCAUGGACCAUCCAGUCCCUCUACGACCCCCCUGGGGAGCAGCAGGCGCAGGUGCUGCUGCAGCAGCUGAGGGAGCUCUACACGGUGUUGGACAGGUCAUGUCUGGUGGAGGUGCUACCCAGCGCGCAGACCAUCCAGUGCUGCCGUUCCCCCUUCCCCCGGUUUUUCCCUCAUUCUGUCUCCCCCAGCUCUACACGGUUCUGGACAGGUCGUGCCUGGUGGAGGUGCUACCCAGCGCGCAGACCAUUCAGUCCCACUACGACCCCCCUGGGGAGGAGCAGGCGCAGGUGCUGCUGCAGCUGCUGCUACAGCUGCUGGGGAGGGUGAAGAAGGAGAGGGAGAGAAUAGUGCUGGGGUCGUGUCUGGUGGAGGUGCUACCCAGCGCGCAGACCAUCCAGUCCCACUACGACCCCCCUGGGGAGGAGCAGGCGCAGGUGAUGCUGCAGCUGCGGGAGAGGGUGGAGCAGGAGAGAGAGGGGAUGGUGCGAUGGAUAGAGGAGGAGGGGAGGAAGGUGGUAGAUGAGAGUGGAGGGAUGGGGCAGGAGGGGGGGAGGGAGGGGCGGGUGGAAGAGGGGAGGGAGCAAGAGCAGGGGAGGGACGGGAACCAAGGCGAUCACCAAAGCAAUCACCAGCAGAGGUGGACAGCAGCGUAUGGGGAGGUGCGGCGGAGGAUGGUGAAACGAGUCAAGUACUUUGCAGGGGCGCUCGACUGGUGCCUUACUGACCUCGGCCGCUACCCCGCAUUCCUGGCUCUGCAGGCGCUGCGUGCACAAGCGGCCAGUGGGGGCAUGGACCAGCAUGAGGAGAACGCCCGCCUGCGAGAUGCGUUUGCAGCCGUCCGAUUGGAGUUCAUCAACCGCUGCGAGGCGUUCCUGAGAU